UUAAUGGUUCACUCAAAUCUACUGUGGUUACCAAAGGAUGUUUAUGUGAAAUAAAACAGCAGUGCCUUUGACAAAGAAAUAGCGCUAUUGAUUUAGUGUUAUAAGGAUGGAGAGUUCUUUAAAAUCAAGUGAAACAUUUUGCUGGUGGGGAUCAUUUUGUGUAAGAGUUUCCUGGAAUAUGUUCAGUGAGUGUAGCCAGUAUAGGUCACACACACCGCUUUAUUUAGCAGCAUGGCCUUUCAGAUAUAUGCAAGCGGAUCAAUUUAUUUUGCAUGCUAAACAUGAUCAAUUCGUUCUGACCUCAGAAAAAAGAAAGGGGAUUUUCUGUCCUCCUAAUUCGAGUACAAAUGACACUCGAGCAUUUAUUAUGACACUCUGUAUCGUGAGAAGCUGGGAAAAAGAUCCUUCUAGCUGGUUCACAUGUAAUGAAACUUUUGAGAAAAUGAAUGUGUUAAGAGGGCUUUUCAUCAAAAGCUGGUCAUCUGAUAUCCGGUUAGAUGGAAAAACGGCUAUAGUGACUGGAGCAAACACUGGGAUUGGAAAAGAAACGGCGAAGGACCUGGCAAAGCGGGGCGCGCGGGUGAUCCUGGCCUGCAGAGACAUGGAGAAGGCCGAGCAGGCCGCCAGUGACAUCAGCAGAGACGUGGACGACGCCAUCGUGGUGGUGCGGAAACUUGACCUGGCCGACACUAAAUCCAUCUGUGAUUUUGCUGAACUGAUCUACAACACUGAAAAGUCUCUUCAUUUGCUGAUUAAUAACGCUGGAGUGGCACUCUGCCCAUAUUCCACAACAGCAGACGGCUUUGAGACACAGUUUGGAGUCAAUCAUUUAGGACAUUUCUUUCUCACAUUCCUCCUAAUGGAUCUGUUGAAGCAUUCAGCUCCUUCUAGAGUGAUUAAUGUCUCCUCAAUGGUUCACCCCAUGGGAAAGAUCCACUUCGAGGACCUGAACAGUGAGAAAGGCUAUCAUCCCAUGAAGGCCUACGUACAGAGCAAACUGGCCAACGUACUUUUCACACGAGAGCUGGCCACGAGAGUGGAAGCACUGGGAGUGAGUGUUUAUGCUGUGGAUCCAGGCCUAGUGAAGACAGAGAUCACCAGGCAUCUGAAGAAGACUCUGCAGGUCUGUGUGAAGACAUUUGGUUUCCUGAUAAAAACCCCUGCAGAAGGCGCAUAUACCACUCUGUACUGUGCCGUUACUCCUGACCUACCCACUGGAACCUACUACAGUGACUGUGCCGUGACCCCGUGCUCCAGGGCUGCGGAUGACUUGAACACUGCGAGCAGACUGUGGACUGUCAGCUGCAAUCUGCUGGGGAUUCGUUGGAAAUGAGAAGAUAUGACUUCCUCCUCAGCCUUAUUUCAUACUAAUGCCCUUUUAUGAGUUAUUACAACCCAGUUUCAACAGCAGCCCAAUUGAGCCCUCUCUGUAUUCAUGUUAUACUAAUUUAGUGAUAUUUUGGAUGUUAUUAAUUCAGACAAACAAUGAGUAGACCUAUUGACAUUUGAAAGCUGAAAAAUGACCCUGCUGAAAAAUCAAGCAGACUAUGUUUUGCAUGCUGGGACCAGCAUAGGACGCUGAUUUCUGGUUCGGCAAGCAGGAAUGUUGAUGGACCAGCUAUGCCUACACCAGCUCAGAUUUGCUUGAGAACAGGAUGACUAUGCUGGUCCACCAGCUAUAGGCCAAAAACUUGCCCUUUAGACUAGUCAAUCAUCUAUUUUUUUUCUUCAAGACUGGUCUUAAAGAUUUAGUUACAUAAAAAGGUAGAUUUGUCUAGUUUGAAUUUGAUAAGUGAGACUGAUAACCUGAUUACCAGUCUAAUCUAAAAUUGGCUAUUCUGUGCAACCGGCCCCAGCACUAGCACUAUUCCAGCUCAAUCCAAUAUAAACCAACUUGGACCUACAUUGCUGGUUUAUGCUGUAUUUUUCAGCAAGGUAGGCUAUGUGAUUAUUGAAACAUAUUGCGUAACUUACUUAUUAAAAGCAGAUAAUGGCUAAA